UUUGGGGGUUACUCUUCAUUUGGGAUUUAUUGUUCAUUUUGGGGGCUACCAUUCAUUUUGGGGGUUUGCUCUUCAUUUUGGGGGCUUACUAUUAAUUUUGGGGGUUACUGUUCGUUUGGGAUUUACUAUUCAUUUUGGGGGUAACUGCUCAUUUUGGGGGUUACUGUUAAUUUGAGAUUUACUGCUAAACUUGAGGGGUAUUUUUGUGUCAAAUCGACUCCAUAAUUAAGAGUCGGGACACAUAGGAGACAAGGACACGAGAAGAUGGAAAACGCCGCAUUUUGAGCCUCUUUGUGAUGCUUUUGCUGUCCGCUCUUUCUCUUCCCAGCCCAGCCUCCGUUAAAUCGGUCUCUGACCUUCCUGCUGCCUCGGCUCUGUGGUUCCAGACCCAUCCUCAAUCCCAGGAGAUGUUUCCCUACAGACAGAACUCCAGCUCCCGCUGCCUGGUCCCCUGCGGGAUCUCCUGCCCCCAGCCCUGCGCGGACGCCUGGAGCCAGCCCUGUGUCACCUCCUGCGGGGACUCCCGGGCUGUCAUCCACCCUCCGCCCGUGGUCAUCACCUUCCCGGGGCCCAUCCUCAGCUCCUGCUCGCAGGAGAGCAUCGUGGGCUCCUCGGCACCCUCAAACUUCCUGGGAUCCGGAAACUUCCUGGGAUCUGGGGGUUCCUACGGCUCCUACGGUUACGGGAGGUCCUACUCCUCCUACGGAUCCUCCGGGAGCUGCAGACCCUGUUAA